AUGGCCGAAGAAUUAACUAAUUUAUUUGAUAAUCUUCAAAUUGAAAGAAAUAGCAAAUAUGAAAAUACAAACGUAUAUUGCGAGCAGAUUAAUACUAUCUCUAACACUUACGAUCAUUUAUUACUAAAUUUGAUUAAAAUUUUAAUAGCAGAUAACACAAUGAAAAUUAAUAUUUAUGAUAGAGUAAUAAUUAUAAACAAUGUUUUGUUUUGCAUAAAUCUUAAUCAAAAUAAUCAAAUUGAAGAUUAUAUUCCAUAUAAACCUUUAAUGCGAUUACCGGCAUAUAAUAAUAAAUUAUCAUUUGUUUCUAAAAAUGACCCAACUUGGUGGGAUGAAUGUUGUACUGAAUUUGAAAAUUCUAUGUUACAUCUUAAAAAUUUAACUAAUAAUACUACAACAUUCAAUAUUAAAUCAAUGAUUGACCAAAAAAAUUAUAUAGAAAUUGAAAUUAUCAAUUUAACCAUUAAAAUUAUGAAUAAAGAAAAAAUAAGUGAAUUUAGUUUAGUUCAAAUACCUUAUGGGUAUGAUGCAUUAUGUGAUAAUUCGGAUAUUAUAGAUUUAAACAUACAUGAAAUAAUUUCAUUCAAAAAAGAAGGAUUAAAAUACUUUGCAUUAAAUAAUUUAAUUGAAUUAAAAUUAAAUAAUAAAAAAUUACAUAUCAUUAAUUCUGACGAAUAUGCUAAUGUAAUUUGCAAUGAUGCUUAUAUAUUGAAUUAG